AUGGGUGUAAUGGUGCAUCUUCAACACGCGGCACCUAGUGUUAGCCAUGUUGCUAUCGGUGCCGUCAUCUUGGGUGCCGUAGUGCUUCUCGCCGACUAUGCUCGAAUGCUGUAUCUUCGAAGUAAAAUGCCACCUGGGCCUUUUCCUUGGCCGAUCGUAGGCAACACAUAUCAACUUCCAGACACAAAACCAUGGAUAUAUUUCGAGGAACUGGCUAAGCAGCUCAAGACUCCAGUAAUCACAUACUGGAUAGGUCGCAAUCCCACCGUAUGGAUUUGCGAUGCUUGGGCUGCGUCAGAAAUGCUUGACAAACGAGCCGCAAUAUAUUCUUCCCGACCGAGAAUGGUUGUCUUCGGCGAACUCAGCAUGGGCCAGUCCAAUAUCGUGUCCAUGUUCUACGGCGAUAGGUGGCGUGUUCACCGAAAACUUACUCACAUGGGUGUUGGUCUGCAACAUGUGAGGAGUUACAGUGGUUUCCAGAACAAUGAGAGUAAGGUCGUUGCUUUGGAAAUCCUCAAAGAUCCGAAAGAUUAUGUUAUGGCUUAUGAACGCUAUGCUGCUUCAGUAGUCAGUAUAAUUGGUUUCAAUCGCCGCAUUAGCUCAAAGGAAGAUCCAAUCAUUACGGAAGUCAUUGCCGUCAUGCAAAAAGCUGCAGAGUUGAACGUACCUGGCAAAACUUUCCCAAUGUUGCUGGAAACAUAUCCUUUCCUUGCAAGAUUCCCCAAUUGGAUGGCCCCAUGGAAACAUGGCCUCGGAGGUGGAAAGGGUCGUGGGCGAUCAUUUUACUACGCACUUGCUGAAGAAGCAGUCAAAAAGAAUGGGGGUGAAGCCUGCUAUGCGAAGAAGAUUUUUGAUGAGGCUCCGAAGUAUGGAUUGACCAAUCUAGAAAUCGCCUCAUUGAACGGUAACCUUUUUGGAGCUGGCAGCGACACCUCAAGUUCCACUUUGUGCACAUUCACACUCGCUUGUAUUGCAUUCCCUGACGCUCUUCCUAAAGCUUGGGAGGAGCUCGACCGAGUUGUAGGUCAUUACCGAAGCCCAGGUUUGGACGACGAUUUACCAUAUAUCCGCGCCUUUGUGAAAGAGGUCUUCCGCUGGCGUUCAGUUGCCAUCAUAGGAGGUCAGCCGCACGCUCCCAUUCAGGAUGAUUAUUACAAGGGCUGGUAUAUUCCAAAGAACACUUGGGUCCAAGGUAAUGUUUGGGCCAUUCAUCGCAGUGAAAAUGAAUUUCCAGAACCCGAUCGAUUCUAUCCUGAACGAUUUUUCGAAGAUAAUCCCUUGCACCGUCCGUUUCCAAAUGAAAAAGGCUAUAUGACGUUCGGCUGGGGUCGUCGUGUCUGUAGUGGCCAAGGUCUGGCAGAACAAGGUACAUUUUUGACGGUCGCGAGACUGUUGUGGGCUUUCAACAUUCAAAAGGCCCUGGACAAGGCUGGCAACGAAAUACCAGUUGACAUAUUCGAUUACACGAAUGGGCUGAAUAUGCGUCCUCAACCUUUUGAAUGCAGGUUUACGCCACGUUCUCCAGAGAUCAAGGAGACGAUUGAAAGGGAAGGCCGUCAAGCUCUGGAAGAAUUGUCGCAAUUUGAUGGCGAGAGCAAGUAUCGCUUGAGCACUUUUUACCAGAAUGACACUGUGAGUUAA